AUGGCCGCCCAUAAUCCUAAACAAAGCCCAACCCAAAACACCAGCUCGGAUAGGCCGACCAAGCUGCUUGUCUAUCACAGGCCAUCUUCCAAUAUUCAGGCGGACAUCGCUGCUAGUGCGGCCACCUAUAAUGUCAAUGAGGGGUCCUCUCUUCCUACCAUCUCGGUAACUGUGGCCGAGCACCCUUUUCAUCAUAGUCCCCCUUUACGAAUUCAGGCGGACCCUGAGGCAAGAAGGAAGGAUAAGGGAAAGCAGCCCUUGGCUCCAGAAGGUGUUGUACUUGCUCAGUUGGGUCAAGGCUCCAAGAAAGGCAGCUUAACAGUGGCUGCGCAGCUCGACACCCGAGAAAAGUUGGCUCGCGAAAUAGCGGAGCAAGAAAGAGAUGAGGCCCUUAGUAAAGCUUUCCAAUGGAAGGCUGACUUUGAGGAGUCCGAAAAGCUUAAGGCCGAGAUGGAAUCUAGCCUUCUGGCCCUUGAUGCUGCUACAAAGGAGACAGACUCCCUCAAACUCAAGGUUAAAUGUCUGCAAAAGGUGGUUGAGGACCUAACCAAGAUGCUAAACUAUGUCUCCUUGGCUGAAGAGGCUGCUAAUAUUGGGAAGACCAUCUCUCCUUUUUCUCCUACCCCAUCAUCUUCUGAGAGCGAGGAUGAUGAAGAGGACGAAGAAAAAGAGGACGAGGAGGAAGAGCCAGCCAAGGAUGGAAACGACAAGGGGCCGGCUGAAUGA